UGAAAUAAUGCCUUAAACUAAAUCGCAGUCACAUGAUUGCGGGUGACUUCGUUGCGUUCAAGUACUGCACAGUACUUCCCAAUGUGCUCGCAGUGCAUUUGCGAAACUCCAACCCGCAUUCCAUAGAGCAAACGCACAGCGACACAAUGGCAGCAGAAGGGAACAGCAGCACAGGUCUCGCAGCCGCCGCGCAGGCAGGCGCAGGUGCAGGCGCAGCAGCACCAAAGACGGACGUCCAAGUCCAAGUCCGUUUCCGCAGCCGCAACAAACGCUACGCCGUCACCGACACCGCCAUUCUCGUCCCCGCCCGCCUCCGCCGGUACGGCCUCUCAGAGAUCAUAAAUCACCUGCUCGAAAAGACCGACAUGCCCGUGCCCUUCGAUUUCCUCGUCGACGGUAAAUUCCUGCAGACUAGUCUCGCCACUUACCUCGACAACCACGGUCUGUCGACUGAGACGGUGCUGGAAUUGGAGUAUGUCGAGGCGACGCUGCCUCCGACGCAGGCGGCGACGUUCCAGCAUGAUGAGUGGAUAGCGGCGGUGAAGGGUCACGCGGGGCCUGCGAAGCCAUGGACGUUGACGGGCUCGUAUGAUGGGCUGGCAAGGGUUUGGGAUCGGUCAGGGAACUGUAAGGCGGUGUUGAAAGCGCAUGCCGGGGCUGUCAAGGCCGUGGCAUGGCUGCCGUCCCAAAGCGAACAGCAGGACCGGAUCAUUACGGGCGGGCAGGACUUCAAAGCGUAUGGGUGGGAGUUCGGAGGCGAGGAUGCGGACGUGAAGACAAAAGUUCUGUUUGAGUGUGCGGGCCACACUGGGAGCGUGGAUGCCAUCGCGCCACAUCCACUAGGCGAGCAUUUCGCAACAGGCUCAUUCGACGGCAACAUCAUGAUCUGGUCCUCAGAUCCCACCGACGUCGAAGAAUCCGAAGAGCCGCGAAAACGUCGGAAGGUAGCAAAAGACGACGACACGGUGGAAACCAUCACCGGGGUUCCAUUGAAGCGCGCCACAAAACGCCUCACAGGGCACACAGCCGCGGUCUCCGCCCUCACCUACGAACACACCGCCUCGUCCACCGCAUCACUCUACUCGGGGGGGUGGGACCACUCCGUGCGCGUGUGGGACGUGGAGCAAAAUACCAACACGUGGACGAUGGGGUGCGAGAAGGUGAUUCUGGCGAUGGAUCAUUCGAGUUUCAGUGGGUUGCUGGUUACGGGGCAUUCGGAUAGUGUGGUUAGGUUGUGGGAUCCGAGGGUUCAAGAAGGCCUGAUAGUAAAACUCAAACUCGCCUCGCACACCAACUGGGUCUCCUCCGUCCGCUGGUCGCCCUCCAGCGCUUACACCUUCGCCAGCGCGUCCUACGACGGCACCAUCAAAGUAUGGGAUAUCCGGUCCACCAAGCCGCUGUACACGCUCGCGGCUGGUGGUGAGGAGACUGCGAAGGUGUUGAGCGUGGAUUGGGUGGAGGGGUAUUUGCUAAGUGGGGGUGAGGAUGCGCAGUUGAGGGUUUGGACGGCGCAGGCUUAGGGUGUGUGGGUGCGUGUGAGCGACCCGGUGGCGGUAUUUAAGCAUAGGAUAUAGGCUUCAGCGUUAGACUAGCAGCGUUUUUAUCAUUAUUCGCGGGGCAGGUUGCAUUUUAGAGUGGGACGUGCAGGGGUAGUGUAGGUUCUUUCAUGUAUAUUUUCUUGGUUGGCCAAAAAAUCCAAAGCCAAAAACGGGAUGACGACGCCUCCCUGGACCGGGAUGUAUAUGUUUUUGUACAUUCGGUUCGGUCCUGCUGAGCGGGUGUUACGUGCUUUUUGAAGGGUUUUCCUCUGGUUUCUGUCCAACGCCUAUGAUGGCGCACCGAUUCGCAGGUCGGACUCUCAUGACAGGGUGAUUUCCACCGGCAAGGGAGGUGGGUCUGCACCGACCAAUCGCCCUCGUCCGGGACAAAUAUCAAUAUCCACUCCCACACCAUCACUUCCCACCCUCCUCCCACC